ACAAACUUUAAACGUAUUAGGAGUACAAAAAACGAACCCAGUUUUUGGGAAAACUCCAAUCACGCAACUGCACCAUGCUGCUGGAUGGUGUCAGGACGACUGAUGUCGGCCCUUUCUACUUCAGGAUUGAAAUGCCGCAAUACAAAAGCUUCUCCUACACACAAAAUGCAGUGUCGAUUGAUGUCAUACAUGAUCCAGAGCCUCCAUCUCUGUCUGUGAAGUUGAAUGAUAAAGUAACUGCCUCCUGCUCUGUGUCUCACACCUGCCCAUCUAUUCCCCCUCGAUUCUCCUGGAGCCGCUCUGGAAUGGUCAAGCGCCGAUCAAAGAGGCUGAAUACGUGGAAGUGGGUAACGGUGUCAACCCUGACCUUUAUCCCUCGACCCACUGACUUCAACACGCCUUUAAACUGCACAGUGAAGUAUAGAGGAGGGAAGCAGGUGAAGAGCUCCACGAUUCUCUGAAUAUGACGUGAGCCCAGUGCAUGACCUAAAUAUCACCUUUCAUUCUAAAUGGUAAAUGAAUUCAUGUCCCAUAUGUCAAGAAGUGUCAAAUCUGUAAUUUAAUGUCUUACUGCAGCUGCUUCAUUUGUACAGGUUUACUCUCCAUACAGAUGUUUAUAGCUGAAAGAGAAAUGUUACCCUGCUGUGGGAUGAUGACAGAGAGAUACUGUUGGAGCAAAAGCAAAUCUACUAAAUAUAAACUAUAGUCUACACUGAAUCAGCUUCACUGUUUAAGGCUUCUUUCAAGUUUUCCAGUCAAUAGGAUUUAUUGUGUCUGAUUAACAUUAAAUACUUUUUAAAUGUAA